AUGUCUUUUGGCGGGCUUUUAGGCAACCUUUCAGAUGCCAUUGAUGCGCUCAACUCACUUCAGACACCUUUUGAUGUCGUCGAGGCUCGUCGGAAGGCGGGGAUAAGGCCUGAUGCUGUGUCUAUCAAGGAAAUGCAGACAUACCUUCAUCGCAUUGGAUAUACUCCGUCUGAUCUCAAUCGCCUAAAUAUUGUACAUGUAGCCGGCACAAAAGGCAAAGGUAGUACCUGCGCCUUUGUCGACUCUAUCCUCUCUCAGUAUCAGCACACAAGGGGCACACCCCGCAAGACAGGCUUUUUCACAUCGCCUCAUCUCAUCGCUGUUCGUGAGCGCAUACGCAUCAACUCAACGCCCAUUUCAGAAGACCUAUUCGCAAAGUAUUUCUUCGAGGUGUGGGACCUUCUCGAAUCGGCACCGAAAGAUGAUGCAAAGAAACUCAUGGCUCCUCGACCUAUUUAUGCGCGAUAUCUGACUUUGAUGAGUUGGCAUGUCUUUCUUCAAGAGGGCAUAGAUGUUGCUAUAUAUGAGACUGGUAUCGGUGGUGAAUUUGAUGCUACAAACGUCGUAGAGAAGCCUAUAGCAUCUGGCAUUAGUACACUGGGCAUUGAUCAUGUCUUUGCUCUCGGUGAUACGGUGGCUAAGAUUGCAUGGCACAAGGCGGGCAUCAUGAAGACUGGAAGCGCGGCCUUUACAAUCGAACAGGUCCCAGACGCAGAAGAAGUUCUGAGGAAAAGAGCCUCGGAAAAGAACGUGGAUCUGAAAGUCCUACCAGUCGACCCUCGGCUUAGCAGCGUUCAAAUUCGACCAGAUGCAACUUUUCAGAAGCGCAAUGCUACACUGGCUAUCGCACUCGCCGAAACAGCACUGGAGAAAGUUGGCAUUUCUCUACCGCCUCGGACGGAUACUUUACCCCAGGAGUUUAUAGACGGGCUUGAAAAGGUUGUGUGGAGAGGUCGGUGUGAGGUCAAGAAGGAAGACAAGGUGACAUGGCACGUCGAUGGCGCCCAUACUUCUGAUAGUCUCAAGAUGUCUUCUAAGUGGUUCAAGGACGAAACUUCUGGACGAUUCAGCAAUGGACCGCGUGUCAUGAUCUUCAAUCAACAAGGCCGUUCAGAAGCUGUCGACUUUCUCGAGUCCGUUUUUAAGGCGACCAGACGAGAAGGACAACCAGCAUUUGACCAUGUCAUCUUCUGCACAAACGUCACCUAUGCAGCAUCUGGCUACAAGCGUGACUUUGUCAACCGUCAAUUCGACCCUGCUGAGAUUGAUAAGAUGACUGUUCAGCAACGGUUUGCGGAUAAGUGGAUGUCCCUUGAUCCCACGGCCACAGUAAAAGUCAUGCCCACAAUCGAACAAUCCAUUAACUACGCUCGGCAUCUUGGAGAGGAUCUCCCAGAGGGAGAGACGGUGCAGGCCUUUAUCACGGGAAGCUUGCAUCUUGUUGGUGGUGCCUUAGGAAUACUGGAAAAGGCUGAUGCUCUAUGA